AUGACUGAUACAGAAAGCGACACGGUUGAGGUGCCUCCGGGUAUCACCGGGACCGAGGGCAUCGAUGAGCGUAGCCAUGUCCAAGACGAAGAAAGUCCAUUACUCCCGCGAUCUGAUACCGAUGCGAAGGUGAAGGCCUUGACAGGUGUUGGGACAAUUAUUGCAGUGCUUCUGCUCGGCGAAUUCAUUUCCAAUGCCGAUACCACACUGGUCAUGGCGGCUGCAGGCCGCAUAUCUUCCGAAUUCAAUCAUCUGCGCGACGCUAGUUGGCUCGCAACUGGGUAUACAUUAGGUGCCUGUGCUGCACAGCCAAUGUAUGGGAAACUGAGUGAUAUUUACGGUCGCAAGCCAAUUUUGCUACUGUCAUACGUCUUAUUUGCACUGGGCUGUAUAAUGAGUGGCAUCGGAUCCCAGAUGUGGGUGGUUAUUUUUGGUCGCGCGAUCAGCGGAGUGGGUGGUGCUGGAAUCAUGACCAUCGGCUCCAUUAUAAUUACAGAUAUCGUGCCUAAGCGCGAGGUCGCUACUUGGAGAGCAUAUGUGAAUAUCGCCAUGACACUUGGACGUAGUCUCGGAGGUCCGUUGGGUGGCUGGCUGAGCGAUACUAUCGGAUGGAGAUGGCUAUUCAUCCUACAAGCCCCGUUCUUCGCUCUAGCUGCAGUCCUCGUGAUUGUGAAACUGAACGUCGGAGAGAAAGCAGACUCUACCUCCAAGGGAAGCAAACUCGCCCAGGUUGAUUUCCUUGGAACUGCACUACUAGCCUCAUCCAUUGUCUCGAUUGUCACACUCCUUGAUCAAGGCGGAAAGUCCUUCCCAUGGAGUUCAUGGUGGACAGUCCUCCUAGCAAGCAGCGGAGUAUCACUGCUAAUCGCCUUCGUUCUCGUGGAAGCUUACGUCGCCCGCGAACCGAUCUUCAGCCUCCGCAUCCUCCGGCGCACAAACGUAUCAAUGGCAUACAUAAUUGGCGGACUACAAAUCGCCGCGCAGCUGGGAAUGAUGUUCUCCGUCCCACUGUAUUUCCAAGUAACCCAGCGCGCAUCAACGACAGUAGCGGGCGUGCAUCUCAUCCCAGCAGUGAUCGGAAAUACUGUUGGUGGGUUAGUAGCAGGAAUAUUCAUCCGACGCACAGGACAAUUCAAGAUUCUCCUCGUCGUUGCCGGUCUGGUUGCCGGAAUUUCAUACCUGCUCCUCUUCCUCCGCUGGGACGGACACAGCGGGUUCUGGGAGUCACUAUUUAUUCUCCCUGGUGGAUUUGGUACGGGAAUUGCGUCAGCGUCAUCAUUUAUUGCCAUGUCUUCUAUGCUACCAGCUGAGGAGAUCGCCAUGGCGACGGCGGGAUAUAUGCUGAUUAUUGGAUUCGCCAUAAUGGCUGGUGUGACUACGUCCAAUUCCGUUCUGGGGAUGGAAUUCCAGCGGCAGCUUAAGCUCAAUCUCCGCGGGCCUGGCUCUGAGGAGAUUAUUCAACGGGCGAUGGCUGAUACGAAUUAUAUCACGCACCUGACUGGCCAACUGCGGGAGAUUGUGGUGAAUUGUUAUGUUUCUGGUCUUAAGCAUACAUAUCUUGUUUCCCUUGCUUGUUCGCUUUUGGCCUCAUUCACCGGGUUGUUUAUUGCGCGCCAUCAAAUCUAG